UCCAAAACAGAAGAAACUGUGCGGCGUGACGACAAAACAGCUGUGGUUGUGACGAAUGUCGUCGCAUGUAAAUUACGUCAGUGCGGAGCGACACUCCACAUGCUUCUUUUAGGUAACAUCUGGCUAGCUAGUUUGCGCAGGACGAAAGGUUAUAAUGGCGAAGAAUAAACCCAAAGGACAGAAGCAGAAGAAUGUGUUUCAUGUGCUCAACAAGCAAACAAAACAAAAAAACAAAGCUAAGCCUGUGACGUCAAACCUCAAACAUAUUAAUGCUGCUAAAAAGGAGAAGAAAGUAGACAGCCUAAAUAAGAUAUUCACGGACGUUCAAAGGGAAGUAAAAAGUAUCUCAAAGUGCACUGGACAGGAACCCAAGAAGCAAGCACAGGUGAUGAGAGAGCAGCCCCGGGAGGCGGUGAACGUGGAUGGAGCUGCCCAGCUCUUCUCCCAACUCUAGCGGAACAACCCGGAAAAAAAACAUUCAAACACUUCAUCACGCAUGCAGAAGAAAUGGUGAAAAUAACUUUCCACUGCCGGUGGCGGUUUUUUUUUUUUUUUUACUAAAGCAAUGACUCUGAAGACGCGCCCCAUUAAUUUAAAUUAAGCACUCUCGUGACUGUUGCUGUUAAUUUGAUGGAAGUUCAAAAGAACUGAAAAGAAUUACGGGCGGCAGAUGUUCGUCUGAAGGAGGUGUGCGAUCGCAGAAGAAAGUUGUCUGGUUGAGUUUUUUUCGUUGCUCUUCUCUGCUUGAUCACACAGCAGAAACUACAGAGGGCCUGUGAAAUAAAGGCUUAUAAAUGGAAUCAAAUACGAUUACGGCACGUUGUCUUCUGGCAGAUGGCUGUUGGUUAUGGCACCAGAGAGAGGUCUGCUUAUGCUGGCUGCACACACCGUAAACAUGGCAACCGUCAUGCCAGUGUUGCCGUGUCAUGACUGGUCUCUUUUUAUAUAAAUAAAGAUUAAUUUAAUAAAGAAAAUUAAAUACUGCGCUC